AAGAUGUUCCCAGCACUGGGUUUCGGAGCCAGACUCCCACCAGAUGGCAGGGUGUCGCAUGAGUUCUUCUUGAAUGGCCAGCCUAACAACCCAUAUUGCCAGGGUAUAGAGGGGGUAAUGCAGGCAUACUACCAGGCCCUCAGUACUGUGCAGUUGUAUGGACCAACCAACUUUGCCCCUGUUAUCAACCAUGUUGCUAGAUUUGCAGAGGCGUACAAAGACGGCUCUAACUACUUCGUACUGCUGAUCCUCACUGAUGGCGUGAUAACAGACAUGCCCUAUACCAAAGAUGCUAUUAUACAUGCCUCAGUGCUGCCCAUGUCCAUUAUCAUAGUGGGAGUUGGGGAUGCAGAUUUCUCAGCUAUGGAGGAGCUGGACAGUGACAACCAGAGACUGCAGUCACAUGGCAGGUAUGCAGAGAGGGAUAUUGUACAGUUUGUUCCCAUCAGGCAGUUCCUCAGUGCUGGACAACAGAAUGUAGAGAUGACAAAAGCCAGGCUUGCUAAGGAAGUACUAGCAGAGAUACCAGAACAGUUCAUAUCCUUCAUGAAAAAACAUGGAAUUCAGCCUAAAAUGCUGCGAGGACCCCCACAGCAAUAGGAGGGCCCUCUUCCACUCAUGUAUAUCAGAUCUUCUGCAGCAUCCCGCCUUUUAUGGAACAUUGUUUGGACCACCUGCCUUGUGCUAUUACUGUGACAUCAUGAUAGUAUGUCUGGGUUUAUUGAUGGUUUGCAUAUUUAACUUUUUAAUUGGAUGUAAUUUGUUGCAGGCGACCAGAUGUUCACAGUUCACAAAAGCUGCGUCAUGACCACUUGGUCAUCUAGAAUAUUGCCUAGAAGUGAUAUAUAUGAUCUAUACCUGAAGGAUCUUUCAGAUGGUUUAUUAUUGACUUAUUUAUUUUACUCUGAAAAUGGUUGGAAUUAUCCUGUAGGAUUGAUGGUAAUUUCUCACCACCUUGGCACUCUCUGACAUAAUGCUCAAACCAUCUAUAAGCACAGAGAAAAAUAUCAAAGGUUCACCACACCUUCCAGCCUGUUUUUGCAAAUCAUGACAUAAAAUGGGAACACCUAGAAUGCUGUGUCAUUCCUUACAUUAUUUACCAGGAAAGUCCAUUACAAUGUUCUGCUGUUCUUCACCAUUCAAACAUAACUUUGUACCAGUAAAACAGGCUGGUGAAUUAUUAGUAGCACCAUGGUUAAAAUACGAUUUUACCAGUAAAGAUAAGGGUCAGUCCUUUAUUGUUUUAUCUUAUCUUCUAUUUUUGUAAAUGUAACAAAUUUACUAUUUUUAUGCCAACUUUUUAUUACUACCUGUAGAUUGUCUUCCUAGUGUGACUCAUCUUUUUUCUGCUCAUAUAUUUCAUGUCAUUAGAAUUUUAAAUGCAUAAUAGUUGAAGAAGUGCAGAAUCAGGAAACAUGUUCUUAUAGCAUUGUGAUGUAUGAUAGAAUUAUUUGUAAAUGGGCUUCGCUGAUGAAGUUUUUCCAGAUAUCUGGUUACAAGAACUAGUCAACACUUAAUCAAGCACUUAUUAGGUGUAAUUGAAUCUACUUGUUCAGGCAGCAUAUUAGCUCAUAAUUGUAACUAUUGAGAGUAGAAAAUUGAAAACAGUUCAGUGUAAAUAUGUACUAAAAUGGCAUUUUGAAUUUUCAAGAAAUCUUUACUCAUCCUUAGAAAUGAUGCAUCUUUAGUCUGUGAUGUUAGCCUGCUGAAUGCCAGUAGAAUUGAAGGUAGAAAAACAUUUUAUCCUUACAUUGUUAAAAAUGCUUUCCAUCUCUGGGACUAGGUUUUAUUAUAAUUGCCUUAUGAUGUCUUCAUUUUGGAUAAAGAUUAAGAAAUAUGUUAACAAACUUUUAAUAAAUGUUUUUUUUUUCA